AUGGCUAAAAUAUUACGACUUGAGUUCUCGCACUCGAUUUUUAUCAUUCUUUUCCUAUUAAUCAUCAUCAUCAACACAACAACAAAUGUAACCGCAUCCAAUUUUAUUCGCAAAAAUAAACGAGCUUUGCCCGUUGUUCAACCACCAAGCCCAACUCCAAAUACACCGCCAUCCCCAACUACUGAUAAUUCACCAAAAGAUACACCUACUACUAGUGCUCAGCCAACAACGCAACCUAAUACCACUCCUUCUUCACAGCCGACAAAUUCACAACCAAAUCAAAAUACUCAACCUUCCACAUCUGCUCAAGAUCAAACCUCGGCUCCGUCACCUACAACUCCGCCAAAAGCUGCCACAAUAACCCAACUUUCAACGAGCGGAAACCACGUCAUCACUAUCACGUCAACGUCCUAUUCAUAUGAUUCAGUUCCAACAAACUCCCCCACAAGUACAAGUGAUUCUUCAAGUUCAAGCGGAGGGUCAAGUGAUUCGGGUGGUGGCAGUGUGGUUACCGCUGCUAUUGUUGUAGGAUCCGUAAUUGUGGCUGCUGCAAUCGGUAUUUGGAUAUUCCGAAAAUGGAAGUUAUCUCCAUCUCGUAAUUUCAAAGAAAAAAUCCAACCUGUUAAUUUUGCUCCAAAUGUACGAGAUCAUGCUUCGGAUACGGUUUUCCUGCGUGAAUUGAACGAACCAUAA